AUGUCUGAUAGCGAGUCAUUUUCCGAGCGUGAGCCCAAAGCGUUAAGUGGGGAGUCAUCGGACGGUCUUUUUGACUCCGACAGCGAGGCGGUAGGCCCCGAUGCCAGGGACGAAAGCGACACCGAUGUUGAGAUACUCGGUGAAGGCCCUAGCUCCGUUCCUUCACAUGGCGUCGGGAAGGGGCUAAUGACUGCACCUGUACCGUUGUCUAUUGUCUAUAGCGACGGCAGCCACAUUGGUCUAGCUAUGCCUGGGGAGACGAGCACUAGUCGCCAGUCAGAGAUCUCCACUUCCGGCGAUGAAGAGUCAGCCGCCGAACCAUCUUCUCGGCCGAGGGUAUCGGUAGUCUUUCCCAGCAAUCCUAGGGUGUCGAUGGGAGUUCCGAAGGAGCACCUAUUCGGCGUAGACUACCUGGAGCCCAACAGGAUUACCGAGCGGGAGAUCGCGAAAUAUCACGCCGAGUAUUUCAUACCAGAUUCAGUAGGAAUGAGGAUCCCAACAGCCACCGAAUCUCUAAGUAAGCCGAAGGAGGGUGAAGUCGUCUUCUUCACGGACGUACUUCUGCAAGGGGUGAGGCUUCCGCUGCAGCCUGCCGUUCAGAGGAUCUUGGCACAUAUCGGCUAUGCUCCCAGCCAAUUCAACCCCAACUUCUGGGUGGCGUUAAUAGGAGUGGUCACGACCUUCGGCAUGGCAGCGUCACCAAGUCAAAGUCUGCCGACCACAGGAGUUGGGUUCAGGCUAACUGCCUGA